CACACACACGGCCGGAGCCCGCUGCGGCGCAGAUGGGCAGCAGCGGGGCGGCAGCAACAGCAGCAGCGGAGCGGCGGAGCGGCCGGCGCUGAGCGCUCCGCGCCAUGCGGAGCACGCCGCUGACCGAAGGCGAGCCCUGGCCGCGCCUGUGCCCCGCCGAGCUGGGGGGGCUGCGGCGGCUGCGGCGCAAGCACGGCUGCAAAAGUUUCCGCGUGGAGCUCAAAGUGCUCAGCGGGAGGAGGACGGGGCUCCGCGCCCCGCACCACAACCACAGCCACCCCGCGCCGCCCCCCGCCGUCCCGCCGCCCGCCUGGCAGCCGCGCAGCGCCGCGAUCGCCGCCAGCGCCUUCCCCGCCGCCCCGCCGCCGCCGCCGCCGCCGCCGCCGCCACCGCCGCCGCCCGCCGCCUCCCCGCGCCCGCGGCCGGGCGAGGCGUCCGGAGUCUCUCCGGAGAUCAAAGCCCUGCAGCAGACGCGGCGGUUGUUGGCCAACGCCCGGGAGAGGACCCGCGUCCACACCAUCAGCGCCGCCUUCGAGGCGCUGCGGAAGCAGGUUCCCUGCUAUUCUUAUGGUCAAAAGUUGUCCAAACUGGCCAUCUUGAGAAUAGCCUGUAACUAUAUCCUUUCCCUGGCCAGACUAGCAGACCUGGAUUACAGUGCUGACCACAGUAACAUGAGCUUCUCUGAAUGCGUGGAGCAGUGCACUAGGACCUUACAAGCAGAAGGAAGAUCUAAAAAAAGGAAGGAGUAGUAACAAGGAGGGGAGGAUUCAGAAGAGCUUCCAGCCAGAGUUACAUCUGUUCUUGGCAAAGGUUGCACGAUCCAGAUGAAGACUGCAAGCAGCAUUUUUGCUGAAACCCCUUUUCGAGAUGACAGUUGGCCAAGGAACUUUCUUAAUCUCUGGAACAGAAAGGAGAAAAGGAAAAGGAGGAAACAAAAACCAAACAAGGACAGGGAUGCUUCUUAUUGUUGUUAAGCCAGCCACCUUUUAGUACGUGCAAUUUAUUUAGCACUUUUCCCUUUGCUUAACUGGGAAAUGUUACCCUCUCAGCUCAUGUGUACAGUAAUUUGUUGUUGUUGUUGUUGCUGUUGUGCCAAAGAUUUGAUGGAGCUUCUACACUGUGUCUUAUUUUUGCCUUAACGUUAAAUCUUUGAGCCAAAGAAAAGUCGGAGGUGCCAUUGAGGUGGUGGCGAGCAGGCCAAUGACACAUCUGGGUUUAGGAAUCCUUCUGUCAGUCACCUCUGAUGUCUCCUGCCCACAGCCCUGGAGCCAGCAUGUGGUGCAGGCAAGAGCUGGGAUGACAGCAAGUCGUGCUUUGGCGUUUCAGGUUCGCUCCUUUCUUUGGGCUAGUUCUGCCUGUUGGGCAAUGCCCUGAUGUUCCUGCCCGUGCAACACAUCCACAGGGUAGAAAUAACUGACACAAAGUGAGAGCUGAAACAGGAGAUGCGAAUUUCACUCUUUUUUAAUAAAUAAAUAACAAUAAAUAAGCAGCAGUUAAGUGCCAUGUGGAGCAAAAAGAAAGGAAAUCAAAAGGAAGUUCAUCAGGUAGGAUGGAACGCAGCAAAACAAUUCAGCGGGCGUUUCAGGUUUGUGAAGUUGUUCUUCUGUGGGGUUUUUCAAGUGGUCAGAAACCCAUGUAAUGCAAAAAGCAUUUGAAUCCUAUACUGUACCUUUCACUUCAAAUUGAAGUAAAAAGAAAAGAUUGAGAAACAUUUGCUUGGAGUAAGCAGACUUUAUAGGUAAUGCAGUUCGUAUGCAAGACAUCUGCUAAUGAUGGGGGGACAGAGCUCUGUGUUCACAUAAAUGCAGGUUACCAAACCAAGGGGAUGUGUUUUGUUUCCCACUCAAGGGGAAAGGUUAUUUGUGAGGCCAGGUUCCCAUCCUGGCGACAUCAGCAUCAAUCAGGGUCCCGGGUGUCUGACUUACUCCAGUGUGGAUCUGGCCGGGCAUCGCCAGGUGCUGGGGAGGGCGAGGGGUUGGGGUGGGAAGGGGAAGGGAAGAGUCUCUGUUCUGCUGACAUGAAUACAAAACUUGAACUCCUCAGUGCCUGCCCGUUUAUUUCCCAAACACACACACACAAAACAUGAGCUCACCAGAGCAGGGGCUGGGAUGCCAGGCUGAAUGGUCAUGGUCUGCUCACUGCCAAGUCCUCUGGUCCCAGCGAGGACGGGCGAGCUCCCAGUGAGGAUGCUCCAGGUGUCUUCUAUGUGAUUUCUGGGAUGCACAGGGGAUGGCUGUGUCCAAGCCCCCUCCCAAGAGCUCCUUAUGCUGCUCACCCCUCCACCCUCACUGCCAGUCAUUAUUAGCAGCCCAAUAAAGUGCGUUUUUAGAUUGUCAUUUGUAUUUCUUUAUUAAAGCACAGUUUUGAA